ACAGAAUACAGAUGUGUGUUUUGAACGGAGAUGAGCUGAGUCCCCUAAGCACAGCUUGCCUGCUUUCUUUGCAGUGGCUCCUCUUUUCUGGAACUGGUUGCCCAACAACACUCACUCUGGUCCGAUGUACGGGAAUCUGAUUUGGCCAAGGGCUCCAUUGACAGAGCAAAUAGUAGUGGGUACAGCAGACACCUUUCUCUGGUACCUCUUAAAAUUGGAAAUAUCUUUGAGCUGAAGUUAAUAGCUUUGAUGUGAGCUGAGCUCUGAGAAGGUGGCAGAUGUGUGAGCACCAGAGCCAGGUCCGUUCAAGAUGCCCUUCCUGGGGCUCGUCCAGCCUGGCUCUUCUCACGAUCUCAGUGCUCCACUGGGCAUCAUGGACCAAGGCGCACCACCUUACAGCAACAACCCUGAGAACCAGCUGCCCACUGAGCAUGUAUGCUGCUAUUGCAGAAUCAUGAAAUACGGUGACAGGGAGAUCAAGCAGGACUUCAUUCGCCAGGUUUUCGUUCUGCUGACUGUCCAGUUACCUGUGGUUCUCAUCAUGACGGACAUGCUUCGCUUUGUGAGGCGAUUUAAGUCAUAUGUGGCAACUUAUGCCUGGAUCAUCGGUGCCCCUAUUGCUGUAUUCUUCAUCUCCCUCAUGGUCCUCAUCUGGUUUGGAAAGAUCCGGAUAAAGAACCCGUGGGACCUCAUUGCUCUGCCCAUUCUCAUCCUCAUCUUCAAGAACAUACACAACAUAAUACCGAUCCCCUACAGCAAUGAGGAUAUCUUGAUCCCUUUGGGCAUCACUGCUGCCUUACUCCUUGUUGUUCUGAUCUUCUCCAUCAAGAUCAAGUGCAACGUCACCUCAUACUUUUGGGUGCUGUUUGCUUUCCUGAUGGCCCUCUUGACCACUGAGAUCCUUUCCACUUUCAUUCAGACCUACAUCCUGGAUAUUAUCUUCAGUUUCCUCGAAGUCCUCCUCUUCACCUGCCUCCUGGCCCUGACCACCCAGCUGAUCUGGGAGAAUAGGUUGCAGACUUUAAGCAACUUUGAGUACACCUUGGCAGCCGGCACUUUUUUCUUCAUCACUCUUCUCAUGUACUUUGACAUCCUAAAUAUUGUCAUCGUCCUUAAGGAUUAAUAGGCACUCCCUCUCUGUCCUGGCCCCCCAUCCCUCCAGCAUUGAAUGCCUUCCUUAACAAGCCCCAGCUUUGGCUAUGUUUUUCCUCCUCUGUAGAGGUCUUUUGUGCAGAAACGUAAGGAUUCCUGGCCAUUGGAGCCCCUGGACCCUCUGCACGCCCUGCCUUGCCUCCUGUUUUCCUUUCUCUCCCCUUCCUUUUGCGGUGGGGCUCUGUACUACUGCAUCCAAAGCUAUGACCACUGUGCUCCUGGGCUGGCCUCAACCCCAAACUGUACACACACACACACACACACACACACCCCUCCUAAUAAAGGUGAGAAUGCACGGGAUACCAGCAGGCCUUCAUUUUGUCUUUCUGUGAAAAGAGAGAGAAGGUGCUUUCCAGAGCUGCAUGGUGGAUCCUCUGGCCAGCAAAUCUCUGAAGGGACACUGUGUGCUCUCACAAGAACAUCAUGAGUUUAGAAUACAUGCAAGAAGGAAAGACACACUUUAUUGCUGUGUGGGUCUAGCCACAAGCCUGUGUAGCUGCCAGGAGUUUUUAGUCUAUAUUUUAUAGGAUUACCCGGAAGCAAGGGCGGCUUCUCUCCCAGCCAGUCCAGAGUAGGCAGUGCUGCUUCUUGGUUUAGUUUAUAUUCCUAUCCUUACGGAAAAGAGGGGAAAUAGACGUUUUCUGCAAACAGCUUCUGGCACUAGUGAAAGCACAGAUUUCUCACCUGAGGAAGUAUCAGCCAGCAUCUAUGACCUUUAAUAAUGUAUUUACCAUGACUCUGCAAUCUCCAUUCUGAAUGAACAGCCGUCUGGAAUUUCUUGCUUCCAUGUGAGAAACUGCAUGCCUUGGAAGUAAAAUAAAGCCUUGAA